AGUUGAUAUCUCGUCAAUACCCUGGCUUGACCAGAACAGUCACAAGAUUGAUUCGCACCUUUGCGUGAGCGUUCUAGGCAGAGCAAACUGAAAAAUUCCUGGCGUCUAUUCUGAUCAGGCAUGAACAAAAAGUCGAGCUCUUGGCUACAGUGCAAAUUACUGUGCACAAAACGAUUUCAAAUUUGCUACAGAAAUUUUUCUCUUAUAAAGCUUAUUCUGUUUCCUGUUUUAGUUGUUCUUAUUAACUAUGUGGUUAACGUGACGUUCGAUCGUAUAAUCUAUCAGGGGAAUAUAGAAGUGGAAGUCUACCCCCGUAUAACUACGAUUCCGGACUAUUGUUCGAAAAUAGGCGACAGUGAGACCCCAUGCUACAAUUUGUUGUAUAUACCUGCGAACGUACCAUGGGUGGAAAACAUGAUGAAGAAAUUGGCUGCGGCGUCUAACCUGGACUUUGCUACCUUCAAGGGCUUCAACCUGAACAAAGAUGACCUCCAAUACCGUGACACGGUCAGCCAAAUUCUGGCUCGUACAGAGACCUAUCAGGGCGUAGUCGUGUUUCACACUGAUCACAUAUACGGCACUAGUAAACCAAAGGAUUAUCUUUUGAGUCCUCAGGAACCAGUGCAACAUCGGCCAGAACCCUCGGAUUCAAAUACUGCAUCGCGAGCUGGUGCCAACUUCAAUCUUCCAGAAGGUUGGGCGCGUUUCUCAAGCCUGAAGCAGGAAGCUUCUGAACCUUCGAACACAGCCAAGUUUAACAAGCAGGAUUCGCCGGGCAGUGCUACUCCAAUUAGUCAGACGAGCCCGACCGAAUACGACGUCCCGCUCGACGAGACGGACUCGACCGAAUACGAUGUUCCACCCGACGAGACGGGCUCGACCGAACAGCCUCUCGACACACAGAAGGUCAUAAAAAUUUCUUACAGGGAUAUCUCGUUCUUCAGUAACGAGAUAACGCCCCCAAACGUUUGGUACGAGAUAUAUUACCACACCAACGUUUCUGACAUUCCUUUCGUCCAAGCUGUCGUCUACUCCGUUGAAAACUACAGCUUCUACCAGUACUUCAUCGACAAUGACAUCGAUCCGUCUGGAAUCCAGUACAACAUUAAGCAUACCGGAUAUCCGUCGCCCAUCAGUUCUUUCGCCAUUUCCGGUUUUUCUCAGAUUGCCUCCGCUAUCCUCUAUAGUCUCGUCUCCGUGUUGAUCUUCUCGAACGUCUUGUCCGGUCUGACCUGGGAGAAGCACGUCCUGCUGCGCAAGAGCCUCCACCAAGCGGGCUUGACCAGAACGGCUUACUUCAUAUCCUGGAUCGUCUACAUCUUCGUUGUGUCCGUCCUCUCUGCCCUCGUCAUGUGCGCCGCUGGCACGGCCUUGCCACUUGACGAGUUCCGCAAGUCUAACUUUUUGACCAUGGCGAUUGUCUAUGCCACGCUCAGUAUCUCCGCGGGGUGCUUCGCGCUCUUCGUAUCCACCUUCGUCAGGCGUCCAAGCACGUCCCUGACUAUGAUCUACGUAUUCACCAUGCUCAGCACGUUGUUGCAGUCCGCCCUCACCAUCAACGAAGGGUUUCUGGUGCAGACAAUUUACACCUCGCCCAGCGUUGCGACCGCUUUCUUCAGGAUCUUUAUCAACGCGAUCCCUUUCGGCAUCUCCGCGCUCAUCUAUGACUCCGUUUUGUUCUUUACCACCUCUUCGGCUAGAAGGGGCGUCAAACCGGACUCCGUCGGGAUGAACUUCUCCUCUUUCACCUACAGCAACGAGAGGCUGCCCCCUUAUUACCCACUUUUCCUCUACAUCUACCUCAGCCUGUGGCUCAUUGCACUGGUCUCGCUGGUCCUCUUCUGGUACUUCGACACCAUCUUGUUCGACUCCGGCGGGAAGAGGCCGCCCUUCUACUUCUUCCUCACGCCCAACUACUGGGGCGUCCGACGCAAGAGGCGCUCCGCACCGACCGACACGCCCGUCUUCGAGGCGCGGGCUCCGGAUUCGCGCGACUCGAUCGAUCCGCGCGUCGAGGCCGAGCGCAAACGCGCGGUCGAGGCGGCUCGGUCGGGCGCGGAAAAGGACAUCGCCAUCAACGCCAUCGACGUCACCAAGGUGUACAAGCCCUGGUAUGCCAGAAGCGGUCGGUCCGAGUUCACCGCCGUCGACCACCUGUCCCUUUCGAUCGAGAAAGGCGAGUUCUUCACGAUCCUCGGUCACAACGGCGCGGGAAAGACGACGCUGUUCUCGGUCCUGAGCUGCCAGUCCUCGAUGACGGCCGGAUACGUGAGCUACUUCGGCCACGACUUGCGCGAGAACCAGCAGAUGGUGCGCGACAUGAUAGGGUGCUGCCUGCAGUAUGACGUUUUCUGGCCGGAGUUGACGGCGCUGGAGCACCUGGACCUGUUUCACCAAGUUCGUGGCGUGAGCGAGAAGGGGGAGCUGAGGGACCGGGGAAUGGAGUUGUUGAGGCAGCUGGACUUGGAGGAGGUUGCCAACCAGCGGGCCGACUCGUUCAGCGGCGGGAUGAAGCGUCGGCUGAGCUUCGCGAUCAGUUGUACGGGGGACCCGCAGAUUUUGUUCUUGGACGAGCCGUCGAGCGGACUGGACCCGGAGAACUACAAGCGCUUGUGGCGGGCGCUGCAGUCGCUGAAGGGCCGGGUGACGAUCGUGUUGGUGACGCACAACAUGAUGGAGGCCGAGCUGCUGAGCGACCGGGUGGGCGUGAUGGUGAACGGUCGGUUCGAGGCGAUUGGGACGGUGCUGGGCUUGAAGAGCGAGUUCGGGUACGGGUACCAGGUGGCGGCGUGCCUGAAGGAGGGGACGGGCAGCGCGGAGGCGGAGAAGUACCGAGGGGAGCACCCGUAUCUCGAGGUCAGGGAGCGCAACGAGGACGGAACGCGGCUGGAGAUGGACGUGAAGAAGAGCGACAUCGAGCGCGUGCCCGAGUUGCUGUCGCAGCUGGAAGAGGACAAGAACGUGAGGGCGUGGGGCGUGAGCCAGUCGUCGUUGGAGUCGGUGUUCAUGUCGAUCGCCGAUAAGUGCAAGUUGGACAGAGUGUACGACAAGAGUUCGAAGCGAUCGAAAAAGGAGAGUGCGGCGAGGGAGCUUCAGGAGUUGGGGGCGCCGCAGAAGAAGUUAAACAAGUUCGACGCGGAGAUUGGCAAGGACGAAGUGCCCGUGGGCAAAAAGAUGAAGUCGUACCCGUUGUCGGCGUUAUUUAGCCUGAGUUGGAAAUUGCAGCUCCGUCGAAGUAGAUACUCGACCAUUUUCAGCGUCUUGUCGCCCGUCGUGAUCUUGGCUAUGUUCUUGCUGGUGCAGAGCUAUUUGAGGUCGGAAUACCCCGACUCCUACGACGGCAAGAAGCCCCUUUCGGCCAUGUCGAAGAUAAACUUUCAAUGGUUCUCUAGUCCGCGCACCGAGCUGUGCAGCGUGAACCACGACUUCCGCCAUUACGUGGCGUGCGACCGGGGAGUGAGUCCUCAGUCGCUCGGAUUUGACCGCUCCGGGAAGUACUUCAAAGACAACAAGUGGACCGGGUUCUACACCUCCAUGGACGAAAUAUGGUGCGAACCGGAACCGACGAGGAGCUUGGAGGACUAUCCCGUGCCCGAGCUGACGAACAAGAGCGACGAGCAGCUCCUCAGAAAGGCCCUCCUCAACGCGCAGGCGAGAAGCAGGCUGGCCAGCACUCAGAUGCUGAGCGGAGAGUUCGUCAACCUGUCUUCGGUGUCCGAGCACUACCGAAUCGCCAGGUUUCACGAGCUCUCCGUCGACGCGCGCGACGUGCACUCGCCGAAGGCCAAAAUGAACAUCACGUUGAUGACCAACGACUACUUCGACUCGCACAACGACCUGCUCAACCGGUACAUCCGGAAAGACGCGCUUCUGGUCUGUCAAUACAUCGACAACGUCACCAGCGACUACUUCCACAUACUCAACGCGGCUUUGCGCAUGCAGGACUUCGCCAUCCACCUCAGACUUUACCGGGUCUUCGUCUCCAAGGCCCUCGACCCCACGCACACCUACACCGUGGUCAAGUCGCCAAUAGCCUUCCUGGACAGCGGGUCGGUGCCCGACAACAACCCCAUCGAGAAGAUGAUAGCCAGCAUCUUCAGCAUGAGCGUCUUCCCGUACGCCUUCUCCAUCUUCAUCCCGCUGGCGCUCUACGGGCUCGUCAGAGACAAUUGCGACCGAACGAAGAAGAUGAUGCGCAUACACGGACUCUCGCCGACCUACUACUACCUCAACGCCGCUGCCAUGUGGGGUGCUCUCUACGCCGCGUCCGUGCUGCUGUUCGUGGUGUUCGCCGUCAGCGCCAACAUCUAUUUCGUCGUCUACGCCGUUCCCGCGCACCUCCUCAUCCUGCUGGGCUGGGGCCUCUCCCUGCUCUCCUUCGCCUUCUUCAUUUCCACCUUCAUCCGCUCCACCGCCGUCGCCGGCGCAGUGGGCAUCGGCAUCUGCUUCCUGGUCACCACGAUCGUCGACUCGGUCGUCGUGGGCAUAUACGAGCCCAUGAAGGCGCACCGACGGCCGCUCCCGUUCUGGCUCUACUUCUGGCCCCAAACCGGCUUCCUCAGGUGUCUCGACAUCAUCGACUACUACGGGCGACACCCCUUCGGAGAGGCGUGGAGCCUCUCCGCCGCGCCCGCCGAGUUCGUCCGCAGCAUCGCCUCCCUCUACCUCUGCGCGUUGUUUUACGCCGUCCUGUUCUCCGUCUCGCUCGCGCUCUUUACCGGAGAGUUCAGCUACCCGCACCACCUCGUCCUCCGCCUCUGGAGACGCGUCACCGCCGCGCCCCGCCUGCUCGCGCGCCGCCUGCGCCCCUCCCCGAACUCGCCCACCGCGCAACCGCCGCCUCCCGCCGACGCAAGCCCGAACUCUCCCGUCCACCUCGGGCUCCAAGACGUCGAGAACGAGAAGGCACUCGUGUCCCAGUACGCCCACGACCGCCGUUCCACCGACGACCCACUCCACGACUGCCCCCUCAUCGUCCGGGGACUCAGCAAAAAAUACCCCGGCGGAAAAGUCGCCGUAAAGGAGUUCUACCUCCACGCGCCCCUCUCCACCUGCUUCGGACUCCUCGGCGAAAACGGCGCCGGAAAGUCCACCCUCCUCUCCAUGCUCACCGGCACCAUCCCCGUCACUAGCGGCACCGCCUACAUCUGCGGCUUCGACACCUCCUCCCAACUCUCCAAGGCCCUCAAGUGCAUCGGCUACUGUCCGCAGCAAGACGUCCUCUGGGGCGAACUCACUGUCCAAGAACACCUCGAAUUCUACGCCAGACUCGGCGGCGUCCACCCACUCAAGUCCCGCAAAUACGUCAAAAAAUUCCUCUGGGACGUCGGACUCUACCACUUCCGGCACCGACGGAGCUCCAAGCUCAGCGGCGGCAUGAAACGCCGGCUCUCCCUCUCCAUCGCCAUCUGCGCCAACAGCUACGUCAUCUUCCUCGACGAACCCUCCUGCGGACUCGACGUCAUGAACAGACGCCAGCUCUGGAACAUCGUCCAACACAACAAGCGCGGACGCACCACCCUCAUCACCACCCACUCCAUGGACGAGGCCGACGCCCUCUGCGACAAAAUCGGCAUCAUGGCGCAGGGAUCACUCUGGUGCUACGGAGACCCCCAGUACGUCAAAGACCUCUACAACCGAGGCUGCCACGUCCGAGUCGUCUUCUCCAACCAACAAGAUGGCGCCAACUUCAUCAAACGGCACAUGCCCUCCUCCGUCCUCAAGUCCAAAUUCUCGAACAUAACCGAAUACUACGUGCCCCCCUCUCAACCCGUCUCUCUCGUCUUUCGAAUCAUGCUCGAGGCGUCCGGCCAACCGUCCUCCGGCAUCGAAGACUGGGGGCUCUCUCAGCCAGGACUCGAGUGCGCCUUCGAGCAGAUCAUCGCCCACGUCCGCAGCGGAAACGACCAUGUCGCCGGCCCCGAGGUCUGAGGCGCCCUUUCUAUCCGACGCGCCGCCUCUCGGGCGCAGGCGACAAAAUAAACACAAAGUUCCUCUUCUUUUUUUUUUUUCACGCGACGCGCGUUUGUCUCGAACGUGCAAUCGCGUUCCCAUCGCGCGCGGCGCGCCAUCCAAACGCGACAGAGAUUUGACGCGAGCUGCGCCGCAUCAGUCCCCCGCCCCUCCGCCGUCGCCAGAGGCUCGGGCCCCUCCUCCUCCGACGCGCUCUCUCCUCUCGCCCGCGUGAACUCGGCCGGCCGUCGACCGCCUCCCCAAUCCAGAAAGACGGGCGACCCCUCCGUGCUGGACC